GUGUGAGGACGUCUGAACCGACGGCUGCUUUAACUCCGUCAGGGGUGGGACGGAUGUGGGAAGGAGGACAGAUUCCUAUAAGACGGACGUUCUGAGACAUUCACGCUUCAACAGACUGCAUCUCCUUCAGUCUCUCAGGUCUCAGUCAUGACUGGACUUGGACUCGUCCUCCUGCUGCUGGUCUCAGGGUGUUUGGUGGUCUGUGAUGGUACCAUCAGUCGUUUCCGCUACGUGGGCCUGUCCAGAAACUGGACCGAGGCUCAGAGUUACUGCAGAGAGAUGUUCUCUGACCUCGCCACCAUCUACAACGAUGCCAACAUGACUGAAGCCCAGAAGGCGGCUGGGAGCUCAAACUUCUGGAUCGGGCUCCUCAGAGGCCCCUGGUAUUUGUUCCAGGAGAAUUACACGAGCGCUACUGUCUCCAUGUGGAACACCAGUAAGCCAGGGACUGGACUGUGUCCGGCGAUCGGUAGAGAUGGACGCUUGUACUCCAAGGAUUGUACAAAUAGUUAUCCUUUUUUCUGUUCCUCAGCUAAUGGCCUAGACUACCUGAUUAGUUCUUAUUAUUAUUAUUAUUAUUAUUAUUAUUAUACUUCUUCUUAUUAUUAUUAUGACUGGAAUAAGUCUCAGACAUACUGCAAGACGUAUUAUAAAAACCUGAGCAACAUCAAGAGUCGGACUCAGUACAUCGAUUUGACAACUAGGAUACAGAGUUACUCCUUCGCCUGGAUCGGUCUGGACAGUCAGUUUUUCAGGUGGUCCGACGGCAACAGCUCCUCCUACGGACCGUGGGACUCCCUGGAUCCUGGCACAGGGGUGGAUUGUGCAGUGAUGAACUCAUCUUCAGGUUCCUGGUUCUGGCGACCCUGCAAUGAGAACAACUUCUUCCUCUGUCGAGCAGACAUCCAGCCUCCCAAAUCGAUGGUGAGGACGGUGAAGGUCCGAAUGAGAGGAGGCUCUGCAGACCUGAACGACCCCGUGGUGCAGGAUAAAAUCAUUGAGCAGCUGAGGCAGAGGAUGGAGGAGCGAGGGGUGACGGAGGAGGUGAAGCUGACAUGGAAGACGCAGCCUGACGGGAAGGUUUUCCACCGAGAGGGUGAAACAGCGCCUCCUGGUGUCUGCGGGACAGAAGACGUCUGUGUGACGGUUUAACACCAGGAACUGAUUGAUUAUCUAUUUACUGAUUGUUAUAAGCUGAUUUUCUUCUAUUGAUCUUUAAGUUUAACUCUCAUUCAGCUUGUUUUGGUGUUGUAAAAUAUUAAAUCUGUUUUUAUCAUUUAGGACAUAAAAUGUUAUCAGCUGCUUAGUUGUGUCCAAAUAAUCAACGUUCUUUAUUAGAUUAUAUGUUUUUUCUUCGGCAGUAGCAGUAAGAUAAUAAACGUAGACGACAAUGUGUGAGCUCAGAAUAUUUUAAAAAGCUAGAAUCUUGUUUUUUAGUUUGUAGGAAACUGAAUGAAGAUUUCUCUGAAAAGGUGAAAUUAAUUUGUUUACUC